AUGAAGAACGAGGAAAUGAAGGAGAAGACAUCGGAGGAGCAUCGAGAAAGUAUGUGUGCGAUGUGUGUGGAGGCAAUCAAGUGGACGGACACCGGAAAACAGCCCAUGAAGGAGGACUACGAGCAAAUGCACAAAAGUUUGAGAACGUGCGCAGCCUUAGCAGUACAACGAGGAGACUCGGUUUGUGAGGGUGGAGACAUGAAAUGGGAAAUGAACAGAUAA